UACUUGACAAGAUCUUCUGCUCACCCGAGGCUCUUGUUCGCCUGCGAAAUAUACAAUGAGCUGGUUUUCUUCUCGACACCUCAGACUCAAAAUCUUUGUGAGAGCUCGUCUUCUUCAGUUGCCCCAAGUUAUCAUCAUAUGAAGUUUCCCUUGUAUAGCUGCUAUGGUAUUAUUAGUCUUAUCAAUGGCCUUGUUUUCACCAGCGAUAAACGACAACAGAUCUUAAAAGGAAGGAAAUUUUCCGAGUUAGUGUCGGUGAUAUGUAACCCUAGCACCGGGGAAUCCUUUACCUUACCAAAACCUAAGACAAGGAACAAGAUUUCGAUAAGAAGCUAUUUUGGGUAUGAUCCAAUCGAGAAACGAUUCAAGGUAUUGUCAAUGACCUGGUCCGGUGAAGGGAUCUGUAAGGAGCAUCAAGUUCUGACUUUAGGAACUGAGAACCCGACAUGGAGAAUGAUUGAAUGUGGCAUUACCCAUAGGCUUUCUAGCAGUGAUGAUGUUAUAUGCAUCAAUGGUGUUCUGUAUCUUCUAGCUUCCGACCACAUGAUAGUUUGCUUUGAUGUUAGGUCAGAGAAAUUCAGCUUUAUUAAUACAUCUUUUGAUACAGUAAUGCAUUCUAGAACAGUUCUGCUUAGCUACAACGGUAAACUGGCUUCACUUAUGUCGGAGGGGUGUAGUAGUUAUAUUAGUAGAAGAGGUCGUAGGACUGAGAGUUAUAUUAGUGGAAGCAGUACAAGUCUUGAGAUGUGGGUUCUAGAAGAUCCCGGAAAACAUGAAUGGUCCAAGCAUGUUUAUGAAUUACCUCCUCUGUGGAAGAAUGUACCUGCAGAGCGCAGGUUAGUAUUUGUUGGAGUGGCUGGUACAAACGAACUUGUGUUUUCGCCGCGCUAUGCAUCUCACCCUUUCUAUGUUUUCUACUACAACUUUGAG